AUUUAAUGUCUUCCAUUGAAUUCAUGUCUUAACUAUAAUACGAAACCAUUGACUCAUUUAUGAAUAAUUUAUUUUAUUAUAUUACAAAACAAUUAAUAGUAAAAUGUGUUUCUCAAACAUGAAUUCAUACAUUAUUUUAGUGUUAAUUUCAUUUAGUUUGACACUAAUUAUUAAAUGCGAUGAAGAGGUGUACAAUUGGGACCCCGAUAUAUACCCAAACCUGACAUCAGAGAAGCAGGCUAAGUUUUGUACGGGAUUUAAUCGCAACCCACCUUCAUCAAUAUGUGACCCUGAUCAAGUACUUAAUAAAAAUGAAGCCAUACUUUUGGAUGAAUUGAUAGCUGAAGAGCGCAAUGAGACGGCAUGUAUUUGCGAUAAGUGUCCGCCCAGUCGGCGCGGGGUUAACAUUAAGAUAGCUUUAGUUAACUUUGUGAAAGUGAUCCGGAAUAUAACAAUAGACCGAUCGGUGGAAAUGUUUGCCGAAAGGACGCGCCGGAAGUGGCGUUUCGGUGAAGACUGUAGUAAUGAUGUCCUCAUAUUCUUCGCCGCUUUGGAUGACAAGAUUUAUGUGUCAAUGGGUUCGAGGGCUCGCAAUGUCAUAACCGAUGAGAGUUUGGAUAAAAUCUUAAGAGAAACCAAAAAACAUUUUACGAGUCGUUAUUAUAAACAGGGAUUGGAGUCGAUAAUCGCAUCGUUUCAGGACUUGUGUAUAGACUAUGAGCCAAAACCAGACAAAUUGGGUGUUGGGUCCAUUAUACUGAUAGUGGUUUGCGUUGGAAUCGCUCUCUUUAUCAUAUUUUUUGUCAUUUUCUGGUUCUGUAUCCGAAAAGACAAGAACUCAGUGAACGGUAGCUUUGAGUACUUCGGCAGUUGGGGUCGUAAUCGCAAUAAAGCCAAGACUACAGCCAAACCUAAAUUAGAUCCCAUUUAUAAACCCGUGAACACCAGUGAUAGGGAGGCUCUCGGAGACACCACUCACUGAUUCGUUCAGUCUAUGGCUAACUUUCAUACCUAUAGAUACUUUUCAUACGAUUGCAUACUUGAGUGCCUUUGGAUCAACACUUCAUUCAUUUCAUACAAUAUUUAAAUCUGAGA